ACACAAUUGGCAAACAAAUACGGUUACAGUUCAGAAGAGCAUACAGUUGUCACAGAGGACGGAUAUCUCUUGAAGGUCUUUAGAAUAAAAAAUAAGAAAUGUGAAGCAAGAGUGAAGCAGCCUCCAUUACUCCUCAUGCAUGGACUACUCCAGAGUUCUGACGCAUGGUUGGACGCUAGUCCGGGUACUGGCCUGGCUUAUCUCCUCGCUGAUGAAUGUUUCGACGCAUGGGUUGGAAACCAACGAGGCAACUACUACGCCAGAAGACAUCUCACUCUAAACCCUGAUAAAGAUUCAUCAUUUUGGGAUUUCUCAGUCGAUCAAAUUGGCUAUUACGAUGUCCCAGCAACGAUUGAUUACGUCUUAAGCAACACAGGGGUUAAAAAACUAAACUAUAUUGGAUUCUCUCAGGGGGCCGGGACAUUUUUUGUGAUGUGUUCAGAACGGCCAGAAUAUUGCAAGAAAACGAACGUGUUAAUCAGCAUAUCUCCCGCAACCAGAGUGAAGCACACCAAAUCAAAGUCUUUUAGAUCACUAUUGAAUAUUUUAUCAACUUGUGAGGACUUAUUAGCUCAAUUGAAAGUUAAUGAACUUUUUGCUAAAGAAAGUUUUCUCCAAGUGUUAUUUGAAUUCAUCUGUCAGAUUCGAUUGUUUUCUAAAUCACUCUGCGAAAACUUUCUUUGUGGGUUUGUCGAUUCCUCUCACCCAGGAUCCAUUACUCAUAAAACCUUCGGCAUGGUAUACAGUCAUUUACCUGCAGGCACCUCUCUGCGAAACAUGGCUAGAUAUGGACAGAGUUUGAAUGCAGAUGAUUUCCAAAAAUAUGAUUUCGGUGAAACAGUAAAUGUGGUAAAAUAUGGUAGCAAGAAGCCACCUGGAUAUAACUUAAGUUCAGUUUCUUUACCUGUGGUAAUAAUAUAUGGGGCGAAUGAUCAUUUAGUUGACACCAAGGAUAUAAACUGGUUGGUAGACAAAUUACCAAAUGUGAUAGGCUUGGAGGAAGUUGCUGAUCCUUUGUGGAAUCAUUUAGACUCAGUGUAUAGUCAGCAUAUCUAUAAAAUGAUAUGGCCAACAGUCAGAAGAUAUUUGGAAAGUUUUAGUGAGACGUAUAUGAAGACCAAAAGUUAAAAUUUGAAAUAUUAAACAAUAAAAUAAAAAAAAUACUUUUAAGACAACCAGGUUAUUGAAUAACUUAUACUCGUAAAACAUACACAGACUCAUAAAAUAAAAUUUGAUGUCACGAGUUUGAGCGGUUACAAUAAAUUCAAAUUCACAAAGUAAAUUCUGUUAAAAUAGGUGGCAACUGGUCUUGUGAUGCAGGAAAAUUCUAAUGCAAGCAAACAUUUACUUUUGGUGUGUUUUUAAUGAUGCAAAGUAUGUUAUUUUAUUUAUUCAGGAAAGAAAAAAAUAAUCUACCUUCUAAGUUUUUUCUGCAGUUUCAAUCAUACAAACUAUCAAAAAAAGUCAUAAAAAACAAAAGUAAUUUUUAUUCCUAAUUCUCACAAUAGAUUUCUUACAAUUCUUUUUGAUGUCAAUCAAGCACUGCCACAGCUUCGGCGGCCGAUCAAAUGACUUCAUAUUCAGAAAAUUCUUUACAAUGUUAAAAAAAAAAUCUACAGUGUAUAUAAUGGUCGUACUUACUAUAAUAUAAAUUGCAAUUUUUGAAGUGAAAGCUUCUUCAGCGGCGUUGAGUAGUUUUUCUUGGAAUGGGUCAUAAAAUGUUAAACUGUGGCCUGAUUGAAAAUUCGUAAGACAUUCGUUGAAGUUAUAGAUGAAAGAUUUAUACUUCUAACUAAUUAUAGUUUGGCUUUCUCAACUUGAUCAUGGACCAUGUCAUUGGACCAGUGCAGUGGUUGAAUCAUUGUGAUUGCAAAGCCAAAACCCCGCGAGGGCGAGGGAUCGAAUCUCAGCCGUGAAAUAUUUUUACAGUUAAGUUAUUCGGUUUUUAAGCUUAUUCAUUAGUGAAGUUUUAAACAUUGGCGAUGAUUAUCAUCGCCUAUCUCUAAAACUGAAAACUGAAAGUCGAUUCUUCUCCUUGGUUCGAUUCGUCUAUCUUGAGAGAUAAACUUUUUAAUGUAAAAUAAUUGUAAUAGUUCUGAAGUGUUGAAUUUUUUAUGUAAAAUAAAUCGUCGUUUUAAUGACACAAA